AGCUCACCACUGCAAUUUGGUUGGUAAAUUUGCUAAACGCCGCCUUCUCCAAUUUGUCAAAACCAAUGUCCGACGAAACAGUACCCGCCGCCGGCGACUCAGCCGGCUUGGUCAACGGCCUCGUAAGCCAUGGUGACUCCAAGACUCGGCGCGUGUACGAAACAGCUCGAUCUCUUCAUUCCGGUGCUGUGAAAGAUCUUCUAUCACUCGGGGUAUGUGAGAGAUGUAUAUUCCGAUUGGUAGCCGUCGAGGCAUUCGAUUCGGAUUUGUCGUCAGUCUCGACUUCAACUCUGCGCAGCUGGAUACAAUCCGGUGAUGAUGAAACUGGUUCAUCAGAAUCUAAUUGCUCCAGAAUCUGCAUUGUUUGUUUAGGGUAACGCACUUGGUGAAGCAGGAUCGUCACGAGUUCGAUAGCUUUGGUCUUGAAGUCUCUGUGCCAUCAACUAUCAUGGACUAUG